GUUGGGAAAUAACAGCAAAUCGAACAGAUGAAUGCGAAAAUCAGCUGGCCAAACCACAACAUAACAAGCGCAGCCUGCAGGUGGAUUGGAAUUUAUAAAAACCAAAAAACCAGGAAAAUGUCGGCUUUCAUCGAGGAAACCAAGAGCCUGCUGCCGCGGAUCGCCUUCAUAGCCUGCGGCUGCUUCAGUCCACCCACACCCAUGCACCUGCGAAUGUUCGAAAUAGCCAGGGACCAUUUUGAAACAGGGACCCACAGAGUGGUGGGCGGCAUCAUCUCGCCCACCCACGACUCCUACGGCAAGAAGGGUCUGGCCGCCUUGGACCGGUGUGCAAUGGUCAAGCUGGCCACGCAGAGCUAAUGGAUCCGGCUUUCCGACUGGGGUCACCAGAACCAGUGGAUGCGCACGCAGGCGGUGUUGCAGCACCACCAGAACUACAUAAAUAACCACAUAAAUUCCGGUGGACCAGGGGGAGAUGAUGAGCAGGACACCCACCUGGCCGGAUGGCUGCCGGGACUGCACGAAAGUCGGGAUCCUGUGCCUAAGCUGCUGUGCGGCGGCGACCUGCUGGAGUCCUUUGCUGUUCCAGCUUGGGCAGAAGCUGAUAUUGAGGACAUAGUGGCCAACCAUGGCCUGGUGGUUAUCACUCGCGCCGGCUCCAACCCGGGGAUUAUCUUUGACUCCGACAUAUUGACCAAAUAUCAGAACAACAUAACGCUAAUCACAAACUGGGUGCCCAAUGAGGUCAGCUCCUCGUUGAUUCGGCGACUUCUGGGACGUGGUCAGUCCGUCAAGUACCUUCUGGACGAUCUGGUGUUGGAGUACAUCAAGCGCCAACGUUUGUUUAACUUUAAAUCGCAGGAUGCACCGGCUCCGCCCGAAUGCGACUCCUGACGCGUUUUGCACCCGAAAGAGAAGCCCCAGUCGCCCACCCGCUGCCCAAGCCACCAGCACCACCAUUCGCACCACUCGCACCACCAGAGGUGGCGCCUUUUCAUGGAGCGUGAGUGAACCAGAGCAGACCAGAGUUCAAGUUCCUAUUUAGCGCUGAUUCCUUUAAUGCAUGCUUAUGUAAAUUUGCCCUUUCUUGGCCCUUGUAAAUACCCUUGUUAGAUUAGUUACUGAUAUUCCGGUGGUCAGUGUGCGUAUCAACUAUUUACACCGAACUGUUGCCAAAAUGUAGUCCCAUUAAACAAUAACCUUAA